UCGUUUACGGCGUAUUUUGGAGUUUCUGCUUAGCGGCGGAGCUGCGAAAGGGUUUUCUUGACCCGUCCUUGUGCCAUCGCGUUGGAGUUGGCUUCGAUAUAGCUGGUGACGCAGUUUUAUUUUCACCUCGACCGACGCUUGAGCAGAAUACAGUUGCACCAUGGCGGAUCCACUGAGCCUACUGCGACAGUACAACAUCAACAAAAAAGAAAUCAUCGAGCGCGAUGGUCAGAUCAUAUUCGGAGAGUUUAGCUGGCCGAAAAAUGUGAAGACCAAUUAUCUGAAAUACGGUUCCGGCAAGAAGGGUGCUCCGAAAGAGUACUACACGCUCGAGUGUUUGCUGUACAUUCUGAAGAAUGUGGGGCUGCAGCACUCGGUGUAUGUGCGGCAGGCGGCCGCCGAGGACAUACCGGCCGUCAAUCGACCGGAUCGUAAGGAGUUGCUGCAAUAUCUGAACGGCGAAACAAACACAUGUGCCAGCAUCGACAAGAGUGCACCGUUGGAGAUUCCGACGCAGAUUAAGCGGCCGGCCGAAUCGGACGGGUUGGACAGCCUGGCGAAGAAGGCCCGCUAUGAAGAUACGCAGGUGCAGAAGGUGAAGGAACAGUUGGCUGCCCGGUUGGAUGUAAAUAAGAAGGAAGCAUCGGUGAACAUAGACAAUAUCAAAUCCCUUUCGGAAACGAUGUCGGUGGAGAAGAUUGCGGCCAUCAAAGCUAAGCGUUUGGCAAACAAGAAGGUCACCAUCAAGCGCACGGACAACGAUGACGCGAUGGGUGUGGGGCCUGAUCUGCGUGUGAUCCUCGAUUUCGAUGUGGAUUCAACGAAGGACAUCAUCAGUCGCGAGCGGCAGUGGCGUACACGGACGACGAUACUGCAGAGCAAUGGUAAAAUCUUUGCCAAGAACAUCUUUAUCCUACUGCAGAGCAUCAAGAAUCGCGAAGAGGGACGCGGUCGUUCCGCAGCACAACCGAUCAAGCUUCCGGAACCGCCGCGCGUCAUACGCCCGCAGCCUCAACCGACGCAGUACAAUCGUUACGAUCAGGAACGUUUCAACCGUCAGAAGGAGGAAACCGAGGGCUUUAAAAUCGAUACCAUGGGUACCUAUCACGGUAUGUCGCUGAAGCUGGUAACACAGGGUUCCGCCGGUCAGAAACCGGGCGCCACGAUCAACAACAACAACAGCAACAACAACAAUAACAUGUGGACCAGUGUGCCACCGGGACGACCGAAAGAGCUGAUCCCUACGGCACAGGCACGCAUGUUGGCGCAGAAUACGCCGUCGAAGCGGCAAUCGCGUACACCGAUCAUUAUCAUACCGGCCGCCACAACCAGUCUGAUCACGAUGUACAAUGCCCUCGACGUGUUGCAAGAUCUGAAGUUCGUUACAACCGACGAAAAGAAGGGAAAAGGUAAUGCGCGCGAAAGUGAAAUACUGGUGCAGCGACAGAAGCCUGGUAACUUGACCGUUCCAUAUCGUGUCAUCGAUAACCCGUCGAAAUUGACGGCGCACGACUGGAACCGGGUGGUGGCAGUGUUUGUGAUGGGACCGGCCUGGCAGUUCAAGGGAUGGCCCUGGGAUGGAAAUCCGGUCGAAAUUUUCUCGAAAAUUGCUGCUUUCCACUUGCGCUACGAUGAUCUCAAGCUGGACGCAAAUGUGGCCAAAUGGGCGGUCACGGUGCUGAACAUUUCGCGAACAAAGCGCCAUCUCGACAAGGCCUGUCUGUUGGCGUUCUGGGAGAAGCUUGACUUAUAUAUGGCCAAGUACAAGCCGGAUCUACGAUUCUAGUAGGUGACACUACAACGGUGCAAAGUAGUAGGGCCUUUUCUGGGACACUAAUUCCUAUCAUCGCUCCUUCCGGGCGGCCGUUCGAGGUCGUUACCA